AUGCUUCACAUUGGACCGUCGCGCCUCGUCAUGGGCGAUUCGGAUCUGGAUGUGGCGAAGAGGUGGUGGCAGGGCAGGGCGAGAGUGGGCAGGGCGAGAGUGGGCACGGCGAGAGUGGGCAAGGCGAGAGUGGGCAAGGCGAGAGUGGGCAAGGCGAGAGUGGGCAAGGCGAGAGUGGGCAGGGCGAGAGUGGGCAAGGCGAGAGUGGGCAAGGCGAGAGUGGGCAAGGCGAGAGUGGGCAAGGCGAGAGUGGGCAAGGUGAGAGUGGGCAAGGCGAGAGUGGGCAAGGCGAGAGUGGGCAAGGCGAGAGUGGGCAAGGCGAGAGUGGGCAAGGCGAGAGUGGGCAAGGCGAGAGUGGGCAAGGCGAGAGUGGGCAAGGCGAGAGUGGGCAGGGCGAGAGUGGGCAAGGCGAGAGUGGGCAAGGCGAGAGUGGGCAAGGCGAGAGUGGGCAAGGCGAGAGUGGGCAAGGCGAGAGUGGGCAAGGCGAGAGUGGGCAAGGCGAGAGUGGGCAAGGCGAGAGUGGGCAAGGCGAGAGUGGGCAAGGCGAGAGUGGGCAAGGCGAGAGUGGGCAAGGCGAGAGUGGGCAAGGCGAGAGUGGGCAAGGCGAGAGUGGGCAAGGCGAGAGUGGGCAAGGCGAGAGUGGGCAAGGCGAGAGUGGGCAAGGCGAGAGUGGGCAAGGCGAGAGUGGGCAAGGCGAGAGUGGGCAAGGCGAGAGUGGGCAAGGCGAGAGUGGGCAAGGCGAGAGUGGGCAAGGCGAGAGUGGGCAAGGCGAGAGUGGGCAAGGCGAGAGUGGGCAAGGCGAGAGUGGGCAAGGCGAGAGUGGGCAAGGCGAGAGUGGGCAAGGCGAGAGUGGGCAAGGCGAGAGUGGGCAAGGCGAGAGUGGGCAAGGCGAGAGUGGGCAAGGCGAGAGUGGGCAAGGCGAGAGUGGGCAAGGCGAGAGUGGGCAAGGCGAGAGUGGGCAAGGCGAGAGUGGGCAAGGCGAGAGUGGGCAAGGCGAGAGUGGGCAGGCAGGGCGAGAGUGGGCAGGGCGAGAGUGGGCAAGGCGAGAGUGGGCAAGGCGAGAGUGGGCAAGGCGAGAGUGGGCAAGGCGAGAGUGGGCAGGGCGAGAGUGGGCAAGGCGAGAGUGGGCAAGGCGAGAGUGGGCAGGGCGAGAGUGGGCAAGGCGAGAGUGGGCAAGGCGAGAGUGGGCAGGGCGAGAGUGGGCAAGGGGGGGAAGGGAAAGGCAACAGAGAAGCAGCAACAGAGAAGCAGCAACAGAGAAGCAGCAACAGGGAAGCAGCAACAGAGAAGCAGCAACAGAGAAGCAGCAACAGGGAAGCAGCAACAGAGAAGCAGCAACAGAGAAGCAGCAACAGAGAAGCAGCAACAGAGAAGCAGCAACAGGGAAGCAGCAACAGAGAAGCAGCAACAGAGAAGCAGCAACAGAGAAGCAGCAACAGAGAAGCAGCAACAGAGAAGCAGCAACAGAGAAGCAGCAACAGGAGAGCAGCAACAGGAGAGCUGUACCUUCUUUCUCCCAUUCCCGCCUUUUCCCACAGGGAAAUACGCCCAAGGGGGCGGCAGGGCAGAGGAGUGGGAGGAGCGGAGGAGGGUGGUGGUGGUGGCUGGCCUCUUCCGAGGGGCUCAGGUGAGUUCUCAGGUGGUUUUUCAGGUGAGGCAGGGGGGAUGCAGGAGGUGCGGGAUCCUGUGUUCGCGCUGAGGGUGGGGGAGGGCUUCCAGGCCCCUUCAGAGGGGCUCAGGCUUCCUCAGAGGGGCUUAGGUGAGGGGUUAGCAGGGGGGUUGCACGAAAGGCGGGUGAAGGAGUUGGUGGGCCGGAGUUGGCAGCAGGGGGAGUGCAGGAGAGGUGGGGGGAACGAGCGGGGGGGUAGGGACGCAGGCGGAGUGCAGGAGGUGCGGGAUCCUGUGUUCGGGCUGAGAAUGGGGGAGGGAUUUCAGGCUUCCUUUGAGGGGCUCAGCUACUCUUUCCGCCAAGUUAUCAACACCAUCAACCCUGGGACCUUCGCCCUCACCAGCAGUGCAGCAGCGGCAGCAGGAGGAGGAGGUUCGGCCGAAGCAGGAGGGCUAGGUUCGGAGGAGGCGAUCGGCGUGCGGUGCGUGGCGCCGGAUUGGCUCGGGUUCGGAGGCUCGGAUAAGCCCCAGGCAGACCAGAAGAGGUUCGGGUAUUCCCCGAGUGACUACGCUCGGGAACUUGGAAAUCUGGUGGCAACGAUGGGAGUGGAGGAUGUUUCUGUUGUAGCCCAGGGCUAUUUCUGUCUGCCCGCUGCUGAAUUUGUCCUUUCCAACCCUGCCCGGAUUCGCCACCUCAUAUUUAUCAACCCACCUAUCACAGACAAGCACGCCAAGCUGCCCUCGUGCCUGUCGGCCUUCUCCAACUUCCUGCUGGGAGAGAUCUUUGCCCAGGACCCUCUGAGAGCCAGUGACAGGGUGCUGGAGGAAGCAGGGUGCUACCUAAUAGACGAGGAGGAUGCCAUGGACCCUCUGAGAGCCAGUGACAGGGUGCUGGAGGAAGCGGGGUGCUACCUAAUAGACGAGGAGGAUGCCAUGGUGUGCCGCCGGCCCUACCUCGCUAGUGCCUCACCCCUUUACCAUCCCGUCAAUCUCUCUCUCCCCUCACGUCCACCCUUCACCACAUGCCAGGAUCCACUAAGAGCCAGUGAUCGAGUGCUGGAGGAAGGGGGGUGCUAUCUAAUCGACGAGGAGGAUGCAGUGGACCCGCUUUUGAGGCGCCUCAAAAGUCGGCUCUCCCCUUGCUCCUCGUUCUCCAACUGCUGGCAGGACCCGCUACGUGCGAGCGAUCGAGUGCUGGAGGAGGCCGGCUGCUACCUGAUAGACGAGGAGGAUGCAAUGGUGUACCGCCGGCCCUACCUCGCCAGUGGUGCCUCGGGGUUUGCACUCACAUCCAUCACCCGAGCGUUUCAGAAGGAUCUCAAGGUACGCAGAGCGGUUGGGAUGGGUUUUGAGCUCACAGCAACUGCACCUAUCCCAUGGCGCAUGGGGCUGUGCCCUCACAGCCAUAACGAGGGCCUUUCAAAAGGAGCUCAAGCUGUCACUCCCCCUGGUGGUCGCCAAGGCCCUCUCUGUCCCUCCUCCUCAAGCCAGCUCUCCUCCUAUCAUCUGGGGGCAUCAACCACCGCUGCUGCCGCCACUCGAAUUUGGCUUGAUAAUGCUGCUGCUGUCACUCGACUUUGGCUUGAUAAUGCUGCUGCUGCCACUCGACUUUGGCUUGAUAAUGCUGCUGCUGCCACACGACUUUGGCUUGAUAAUGCUGCUGCUGCCACUCGACUUUGGCUUGAUAAUGCUGCUGCUGCCACUCAACUUUGGCUUGAUAAUGCUGCUGCUGCCACUCAACUUUGGCUUGAUAAUGAUGCUGCUGCCACUCGACUUUGGCUUGAUAAUGCUGCUGCUGCCACUUUCCUCCUCAGCCACAUCCUCGCUGCUGCUGCCACUGGGCUUUGGCUUGAUAAUGCCUGCUUGUGCCCUUCCUCUCUCUUUAUCCCCCCCCCUUACCAGGCGUCACUCCCUCUGGUCUCCAAGGCCCUCGCUGCUGUGUCUGCCCAGCCCUCCUCCUCUUCCACCGUUAUUUGGGGCAUGAAGGACCGCUGGCAGUCGUUUGAUGGGGUCAGGGAGACGUGCAGGGCAUCCGGGGCCAUUCUAGUGACUCUGGACGAGGUGAGUAUAGAGAGAGGAAUUGGUAGUGAGGUCUCUCUAAAGUCAUGUGGGGCAUGA